AUGUCUGCUGAAAACAAUCCAUCAUCAAGAGAAACAUCCCCUCCCUAUGAAUCUUCAACAUCCCAAUAUUCCACACAGACCUUAUCUUCAGAGGAAGAAGAUAAAGAGGAAGACCAGAAUUCAGAGAGAAAAUCUCUCUCUCCUGAAGACAAUGAGUACCUGGAAGACGGUGAGUAUCUGGAAGAGGAAAUCCUUCUAGAGGAAGACGAGUACCUGGAAGAGGAAAAGUUUCUGGAAGGGAACACAUAUCUGUAUGAAUCAGAGUAUCUGAAGGAGAGAAAGCAUCUACAAGAGAAAAAGCUUCUGGAAGAAAAAGAGUUUCUGCUUGAAAAGUAUCUAGAAGAUGGUGAGUAUCUAGACGAGGGGGAAGUAUCUGAAAGGAAGAUCUUGGAUUUUGUUACUAAAGAGAGCUUUUGGGACGAUUUAUUAAAUGAGCCCAUUGACUCACUGGAAGCUGAGGGCUUAGAUGACAAGCCUUUCAGCAGUUCUUAUCAGGCAGUGUUUAGGACGAUGCUCAAAGAAAUGGCUGCUCGCAAAGAACUGGAAGAGGAUAUUGAUGUCCCCCUGACCGGGAUUCUGGAGAGUGAAACCAGAAGGAAACUAGGAAUUCUGUUGAAGAAAAAUUUUGGAAACUACAGGGAAACGAUCCUCUGGAUUAUGAAGAAACGUGAACACUUACUCAAUGCCAGAACCACAAAUACGUCCACUUUCACAUUUCAAUUAUGGAAUCAACCCCCACAAAUCAGGGCAGCUGUGACUGAAGUGCAUGCCCAUGAUGGAAAAUUAAUUCUCUAUCCCAGUGAGACUGUCUUCCAAGUUCUCCUUCCUGAUGGAUCAGGCCAGAUACACUACCCGUCAGGAAGGCUGGCUAUGCUCAUCCUCAGCACAAAAGAUAGAGAGCACACACACAUCAUUCUGGAAGACAGUGAAGAAAGAUGUGUCCGGGCCCUUAUCAACAACUGUGGCCAUGCCACCUUCUAUGAUGAAAAUGGAGAAAUCUGGUUGAGCAUGAGCCAAAACUUGGGUUACUACUUCCCCAAAGGCAAACACCAGAAGGCCUGGAACUGGUGGAAUCUAACUCUUCAUGUCCACGCACCUCCUGUCCAGUCCAUCUCCUUGAAAAUCAACCGGUACAUCAAGGUACAAAUAAGGAGCCAGGAUAAGAUCGCCUUCUGCUUCCGACACCAAAAGAAGCACGUGUGCUUAAACCUGGGCACCAAGUACAAGUUCAUAAUGCCAGAGGUGCUGAGUGAAAUGAGGCAGAAAGCCAUCCUGGAGGUAGAAUGUGGUUCAACUGCUCGGAAGAUACAGAUCCUCCUGGGGAAAAUGAGUAAGAUCCUCAACUUCCUGACCAUCCCUGAUUUGGAAAAAUUCAUAGAGGACGCCCAGAUUGUGCCAGUACAGCGCCUGGAACUGAAAAACAACCGUCACCUCCCAGAGUAA